AUGUCGAAGGCAGCGAAAUAUAACGAAGAACAUGAAGUUAUAACAGAAGUAAUAGAGAAUUAUGGGAAAAUGCCGUUUCUCUGGAAGAGGGAUCAUGAAGAUUAUUCGAAUAAAGGUGUAAGAUGGGAAGGAUACCACAAAUUGCUCAAAAUUUAUCGAAAAUGGGAUGAAGAGAGUACUACAACUACGCUAAAGAAAAAAAUUGAUAAUUUACGCUCGAAUUACAUAAAGGAACAUAAAAAGGUAAUGGCAUCAAAACGACUAGGAUGUAAAGUUCAUGUUCCAACUUUGUGGUAUUACCAUUUACUAACUUUCCUGAACAACCGAAGCAGUAAUGUUAAUGAUGACGAAAAUGGUUCUCAUUCACAGGACCCUUUAGAUGAUCAAUCUUCGGACAACGAGGCUACUGCCAUAAAAAUUGAAGUUCAGCAAACAUCUGACGACGAACCAAUCGUGAAAAAUGAACCCAGUCCCAGUACUCGAAACACUCGAAAAAGAAAACUAGGCAAACCUCUAAUAGAAAGAUCACAUCCUUCAGAAUUAGCAAGAAGACUCCUCCCUAGUUUUCAACGUAACGUAUCCUGGGAAGUCACAUACGGGAAAUCAAUCGGGUAUCAAAUGAAGGAUCUAAAGGGAGAACAGUUGGUGAUCUGUCAGAAGCUAAUUUCUGAUGCUAUAUUUUUUGCCAAACUGAAUAAAUUGAACGAAAAUUCACAAGUUGUGAACCCUGAAGCGGAGGCAUUUAUUGGACAUAGUUAUCUGGCAAAUGUUUAA